CAAUAUAACCGUAUUAACAAAUAUAUACAAAAAUACAAGGAAUAUUCAAAGUCUUGUACAUGCUGUUAAAGGCCCGUCGAUACCAAGAACAGAACUUGAACUUAAAGUUGUCAUUCGUAAUAUAUUGGACGCGCUUGUGGGUCUACAUGAAUUAGGUUAUGUUCACCGAGAUAUUCAGUGGCCUAAUAUUCUGCGAUUGAAUGAUUAUAGUUGGAUAUUGAUUGAUUUGGAAUGUGCUGGUGUUAGCGGUGAAAAGGUGCAGUUUAAACCAUUAGAAGGAUGGGCACCUGAAACAAAUGAAACCGAGGUAUACAUAACAAAGGCAGAUGUUUAUAUGGUAGGAAGGUUAUUGAGCAAAAUUUUCUUCUCAUUAUCUGAAGAAGCACGUGAGUUUGAGAAGGCCACCACCACCAAUUUGAAGUUUCGCUUAACAGCUCAAGAAGCUCGACAGCACUCUUGGCUUUCAGAUAUACAAGAAUAA